ACCUAACUAUUUUUCAGUGCAGGCCUGCAGCAGCCUCAAUCUGACGCCAACACUACAGAAUCCAAAGCACAGCGCUAAGCGCCUUAUCGUCAUCAUCAAGGAAUAAACAAGCCGGCCACAAAUUGACCCUCCAAUGCCUUAGUCAGCGCGUGAAUUCCGUUCCACGGCGUUGUUGCCUCGUCAGCUCCCUCCCGCGAUUAUUCUCGCCGCCCCGAGAGGAUAAAAGUCCAGUCCAACUCUCUACAUUUCAGUUCUCCUAACUCUAGCAGACCACCGCCGAACCAGUUCUUCUUGGUCUCAAUCCCCGGUCUGGUUCGUUCUGCGUCUCGCUGGGGCUUCACGCUUGUUCUUCUUUCCUGGAUUCAGGAUCAUUGAGAGUUGAAGAAAUCAUGUUUCGGAGAAAGCAUACCUCUCACUUCAGUUUAGAUGACGCUGAACAGAGACAAGCAAAGAUCAAUGAACUGAGAGCUGCACUUGGGCAUUUGUCCUCUCAUGGAGAGAAGUACUGCAAUGAGGCAUGCUUGGAAAGAUAUUUAGAAGCCCGAAAUUGGAAUGUUGAAAAGUCUAGGAAAAUGUUGGAACAAAGUCUCAAGUGGAGGGCAGAUAACAGGCCUGAGGCUAUUCGCUGGCCUGAUGUGUCUGCUGAAGCAGAAACAGGUAAAAUGUACAGAGCGAGUUUCCCCGAUAGAGAGGGUAAAACCGUAGUUGUAAUGAGACCUGCAAAGCAGAAUACAUCAUCUCACGAAGGACAGGUGCAGCAUCUUGUAUAUACCUUGGAGAAUGCAGUCCUCAGCCUGCCUGAAGGUCAGGACAAAAUGGUGUGGCUGAUAGACUUCACAGGAUGGACACUUGCCCAUGCAACCCCCAUAAAGACUGCCAGAGAGAGUAUGAGUGUCCUGCAAAACCAUUACCCAGAGAGACUUGCAAUUGCAUUUCUAUUCAAUGCACCCAAAGUAUUUGAGGCUUCUUUUAAGGUUCUCAAACGAUUGGUUGACCCAAAAUCACUCAAGAAACUGAACUUUGUGUACAAGGAGAACGAGGAGAGCAUGAAGAUAAUGUACAGACACAUUGAUCCGGAAGUCCUUCCAGUUGAGUUUGGAGGGAAGAACAAUGUGGUGUACAACCAUGAAGAGUACUCCAAAUUGAUGACGAAAGAUGACAUCAAAACGGCAAGCUUCUGGGCAGCUGAUGUUAACCAUGUCACGAACGGUCACUCGGUUCCUGAGGUUACACCGCAGUAGUCUCUCGUUGUUGCUAAAGAAAGUUGAGGAGCAUCACCCAGCCACUUAUACGGAUUUGACACCGCUCUGAAAGAGGAAUACAUAGAUAAAGUAAACAGAGUCGUAGUGGUAUUGUUUGGAUAGAAGUCUCACUUGUAAUGUUGCACUACCAUGUAUACUUCUUCAUCCCCAAAUAAGUGGUUAUUUUUCUCACAGAACAA